UUAAAUGUGCCUGGAAUUAUUUUCAUGGAUUUGCUAGUAGUACUCUUUCUUCUGAUUUAUUUUGACUACAGUGGACAGCGAGUUAUUGUACAGGAGAAAACUGAAAACCAAGAUCAGUUUGUAGAGAAUGUAGUGACCAUUCAGGGCUUAUCAUCCUCAGGUUACUUAUUAGCCAUAACUGAUGAUGGUCAAACAUGUGAACUUCAUCCCGAUGGCAACAGUUUUGACUUCUUCAAGGGACUUGUGAGAAGGAAAUUAAGUUAAUAAAGAUCUUCCCUGUGUCCAUGAAUUUAGCCUGAUACCCUUACUGCUGAAUGAGAUCUAGUCUCUCUUAACCUGGUUAAGCUUCAUGGAAGUUUUAUAAUUCUCUGACGAGUAGAAAUAAAACUUCAAUAUUUGUAUUUGAAAUGCACUUUUUUUUUCUUCCUUUUUUUUUUUUUUUUUUUUUUGGGUUAGACUUUGUAGUCUAGGGACCUGAGAAUAUAGAUUAAACCCCACUCUCUUGGGGUGUACUUGAAAGAAUCUGAAUAUAUUCUGUAGCCUUGUUUUUAGUAGCCAUUCAGCGAAUCAAAAACUUUGGGAUAGUAGCAGAAUGAUUAGUGUAGAAGUUAUAUAUAAUAUGGUGGGCUUCUUGUGAGAAUUAUAUACUGAGUAUUAAUUUUUCUGCA